UUCAAUUACAGUCCAGUGCAGUCCAUAAAAUGCAAAUUAAAUUUAAAGCUUUAAGAAAACAACUUUACACUGUCCGCGCGGCCAGUGCAGUGGGAGAAGCAAGCGUGUCAGCGAACCAUUAAAAGACGCCACCGAAUCUUGGACCAACAAAUGUGGUCGCCGCGCUUCCUCAAAAGGGGGCAGAAGGUGCAAUCAGAGAGAGAGAUAGAGAGAGUGUGCGUGUGUGUGUAUGUGUGGAGCAUUCAAAUAUCCAAAAGUAUAUACGAUCGUUCGCUCAUCAGUUAAAUUUAAAAACCGCAACCGACUUUCCGCAACUUGAAUGUUUCUGCAUCGCUGGACCCCAAUCGAGUUAUAAAUGAAAGAUUGCCCACUGGGAGGCGGCUCAAUGCAGUUCCAGCAGCGUUAGGGAGAUGUACGUCAAAGGCUUACGGUUCCAGCUCUGCCAGAUGGUGAUAGUGAUGCUCUUUGCCGAGGCCUUGGGGCGCCUGCACAAGAGGAAUGGCUACCACUAUCGACCCCAGCAGCCGCCGCCGUUGCCGCCGCAGCACCAUCAGAAUGGAUACUAUGAAUCCCUGCACCCGGCAGUGGAGCCUCCAGAGCCAGAGAAGCUCCAGCAUAGCAGUCCCAAGAGCUACUACAGCCAGUCGUCAGUGAGCAGCAGCAGCAGCACCGGCAAGGGGAAUCACGGCUACAGCAUUGGCAGCGGUCUGCGUUCCAUUGCCCAGGGAUCUGCGGAUCAGGCGCACAGCGCCGUGUCCAACCAGCAUGCGGCGGCCAAGCAGGCGGCGUACAUUGCACAGAACACCCUUGCACAGGCGGCAUCCCAGGCAUCGGCCACGGCCCAGGCUGCGCUCGCGGGGAAGGAAGUUGUGCUGCAGGAGCUGGAGCAGCAAGCGGCCGAAGCUCAGCGUGCGCUUUCCCGCGAACUGGAGCAGCUGAAGGCGGCCAAGAUCUCUACAAGACUGGCCCAGCAGACCGCGCAGGCGGCCCAUCAUCACAUCUCCGUGCUGACGGCGGCCGUAAACAAUGCAAAGUCCGUGGCCGAGCAAGCGGAGCAGACCGCCAGCGAGGUGUCCAACCAGCUGGCCUCCCAGUCCACGAUGGUGGGCCAGGCCAAGAACCGGCUGGAGCAAGUGGAGGAACAGCUGCAGCAGGCACGCGUCGAUUAUGCGGCCACCAAAGAGUCGGCCCUCAAAGCAGCCUCUUCGGCGGCUGCAGCUCAGGUGAAUGCCUCAAAGGCGGCACAGCAUGCAACAAUUGGUCUGCACGAGAGCACGAAUCAGGUGGAGCACCACCAUGAGGGGCAUGAGGGGCUCGAGCUUGCAGAGGAAUCGUACGAUGAGCACAUUGACACCAGCGGCGUCGGCCACACGGCGUCAGGGGACGAACACACGCGCAAUGUGUACGCCCAGUGAAUGUUUCAUGUAUAAUGUAACCCCCUUAUUUAUCUAUUUAAUAAAAUAUUAUAG